AGCAGGCCAAACUUUGUAUCUCCAAGCAAUUCAAACUAAACUUGCUCAGACACAAGCAAACCCCUGAGCCAACAACACUUGCAAACAACACUUACAAACUACAAAAUCCAAAUUUGUUUAUAGAAAAUAAAGCACAAUGGACUGUUUGAACGGAUUCAAGAUGGUCCUUCUUGGCGAAGCCGAGUGGAACUAUGAGCCCACGGUGGGUGUGAGUUUGAAUCGUUUGACCUUUCGCACUGAUCGCGGAGGGAUUCCUUUCAUCGUUUGGGACACCGCUGGUCAGGAGAAAUUGGCCGGAAUGCGCGAUGGAUACUACAUACAAGCCCACUGCGCCAUUAUAAUGUUUGAUGUGACCUCCCGCAAGAGCUAUGAUAAAUUGGAAAGAUGGCAUCGUGACCUGGUUCGCGUUUGCAACAACAUUCCCAUUGUGAUCUGCGGAAACAAGGUGGAUUUGAGGGAAAAGCGCCAAGUGGAAGACACUCAAGUGAGGUUCCACCGCAAGAAGAACCUUAUGUACUUUAAUAUAUCGGCCAAAUCGAGCUUUAAUCUGGAUAAGCCAUUCAUCUAUCUGGCGCGGCAAUUGCUCAAUGAUCGGAAGUUAAGGCUGGUUGAGCAGCCUGCCAUCCCAAAGAUGAUCAUGUCCCCAGAACUGUGUUCACAAUCGCAGGACGAGCUGAUGGAAGCCAAGGCCUGAGUUUACCCCCAAAAA